CCGAACCGGCCGCGCGCCGCAGCGCCGCCGUCUGGGACCCCGCAGGCGCUGUCGCGGGAGGACAGGGAGCCAGAGACUCAGUCCUGCGCGCGCGCCUGCAGCGCGGACGCGGACGAGUGGGAGGCCUACUGCGCCAGCGAAUUCGCGGUGAAUGGAAUCGUGCACGACGUGGACGUGUUGGGCGCGGGCAUGCGCCUGGUGACUCUUCUGGUGGACCCCGACGGGCUGUACAAGAUGAGCCGCCUAUACAUCACUCCCGACGGCUUUUUCUUCCGCGUGCAUAUACUAGCCCUGGACUCCUCCAGUUGCCAUAAGCCGUGUCCAGAAUUUAAACCCGGAAGCAGGUAUAUUGUGAUGGGCCACAUCUACCAUAAGAGACGGCAGCUCCCCAGUGCGCUGCUCCAGGUCCUAAGAGGGCGCCUGCGUCCAGGAGACGGGCUGAUCCAGGGUAGCAGCAACUACGUGAAGAGGUUUAACCGAAAGCGGGAGUGGCAAGUUCGAGGUGCCACCCACACCCAGUGCAUUUGAACAGGCCAACUUGGCACUUGGGGUCCGUCUUCACAUGGCGGGAGGCUUCUGUGAAACAGGGCUACCUUAUGGACUCCGUGUGCGGCUUAGCUCUAAAGCUGUCACUUUAUCUACAAAAUGCUGGCAGGUGUCCUCCAGGACACUGUGGGAAAGUCCCUCGAGGGCAGUCACGCACACAACCCAGACACCAGACUCUGUGGGUCAACAGAUCACACCAUUUUUGCUGUUUUUAAGUUAUUUUAAUUUAAUACAUCCCCCACCCCCCCAGUGGAGACAGUUCACAAAACAGUUCUCGAAUUUAAAUAUACAACUUUGACUAGUAUCUAUCAUGUGGUGUCAAGCCAGAUUUUGUAUUUAAAGCAUCGAGUUUUAAAUUCCACACAAGGGAGUAAGCACCCUAGUCAUUUACAUAUGAAAUGUCAUAUAGAUCAAACACCAGCCAAGUGCAAAAACUAUUACAUUUCAAGGGCUAAUUCAAGCAAAACACCAUUCAAGGUGUGUUCCUGCUGUACCACACAAUACAAGCCCCUGUGUAUUGCCAUGCCUCCUUGCUCCCAGCAACCUGUUUUGUGCCAAACUGGCAUCGAUUCCAGGACGUUUUCUGGUGUAUCUGAUGUCAUUUUGAUGUUAAGACCUGGUAAUACCAUGAUUGUGUUUGCAAAGCAGUAAAUCUUGCUGUGAAAUCAGAAA